AUGCCCGGUCUAACCCCCUCCCAACUCGCCUCCUUCCAGGAAAACGGCUACCUCGUGAUCCCCUCGUACCUCUCACCGGAGGAAAUCACCUCCCUCCUCACAGAAACCAACACCCUCCUGGACACCUUCGACCUCUCCACGCAUCCCCUCACACAAUUCACGACCGGCGACGACGCAAAAGACGACAAGCCCCACGUCGGCGACGACUACUUCCUCACCUCCGGCGACAAAAUCCGCUUCUUCUUCGAACCCGAUGCCAUCUCGCCCACUCCCGACCCAUCCACGGGACGCCCCUCCCUCCUCAAACCCAAACAACAAGCCGUCAACAAGAUCGGCCAUUCCCUGCAUAGCCUCUCCAGCCCUUUCGAGGCCGUCUCGCUCUCCGCCAAGAACGCCGCUAUCGCGCGCGAUCUUGGGUUCCGCGAUCCCCGCGUCCUUCAGAGUAUGGUCAUUUGCAAACAGCCCGGGAUCGGGGGCGCGGUGCCCCCGCAUCGGGACUCGGAGUUUCUGUACACGAGUCCGCCGUCGGCCGUCGGGUGGUGGUUUGCGUUGCAGGACGCCGGGCCGGGGAAUGCGACGCUGGGCAUGUUUCCUGGUUCGCAUCGGGGAAAGACCGGUGGGGCUGUGAAGAGGCGGUUUGUGAGAAGGGCGGAUAGUAAGGGGACGGAGUUUGUGGUGAAUGAGGGCGCGAGCUUGCCGAGGGGCAUGGAGGAGGAGGAAGUUGAGGGUGAAGAGCCGAAGGAGGAGGAUGUGCAGGUGUUGGAUAUCAAGGCCGGCUCGUUGGUCUUGAUUCAUGGGAAUGUGCUGCAUAAGAGCGAGAAGAAUACGAGCCAACGGAGUCGGUUUGCGUAUACGUUCCAUGUCAUUGAGGGCGCGGAGGGGUGGGAGUACGAUGAGAGGAAUUGGUUGCAGCCGUCGGAGGGAGGGUUCUCUAAGUUGAAUCGGGAUUGA